CCCUUAUCAUCACCAAUAUAAAAAUGCUGCCAAGUUUAACAAAUUCCUUGAUAAACAAUUUUUCACAAGCAUUCAAAUCUCCCAAAUCAUCAAUCUCCAGACUGAACUCCUUCAUCAAUCUUCCAGUGUCCCAAUUAUUUUGCAUGCAUCAGAUUGACUGAUUGGAAAAGAAAAACAAAGUAAAAAAAGAAAUGGAUCAGCUGAAACCAGGACCCGCAAAUUCAACUCCUCUUACCCCGAUUGGUUUCCUAGGAAGAGCAGCCACAAUCUAUGGCGACUGCCCUUCUGUUGUGUACAACAGCAGGACUUACACGUGGUCGGAAACCCAUGAAAGAUGCCUCAGAGUAGCUUCUUCGCUUGUUUCUCUGGGAAUCAAAAGAGGACAGGUGGUUUCCGUGGCGUCUCCGAAUGUUCCAGCUAUGUACGAAGCUCAUUUUGCUGUCCCAAUGGCCGGGGCUGUUCUUAAUACGAUCAAUCUCCGUCUUGAUGCCAGAAUGAUUUCUAUCCUUCUUCAUCACAGUGAGUCAAAGCUCAUCCUUGUCGAUUACCAAUCAGCUUCUUUGAUUGUUGAAGCAUUAUCGUUGUUUCCACCGAAUUCUCAAUUGCCCCGGUUAGUACUCAUCGCCGACGACGGGAAUUCAUCGUCGAUUCCAUCAAAUUUUUACUGCUCGUAUGAAGCUCUGGUGGAAACAGGGGACCCCUGUUUCAAAUGGGUUCGUCCGGAAUCCGAUUUUGAUCCGAUUUCGUUGAAUUACACCUCAGGAACAACCUCAUCCCCAAAAGGGGUGGUCCACUGUCACAGAGGAGCAUUCACAAUCACUAUCGAUUCCUUAAUUGAAUGGGCGGUACCAAAAGAGCCGGUCUUUUUAUGGACACUUCCGAUGUUCCACGCCAAUGGAUGGAGCUUCCCUUGGGGUAUGGCUGCUGUCGGCGGUAUCAAUAUUUGCCUGCGGAAAUUCGAUGCGGCCAUUGUUUAUUCCGCCAUCCGAAAGUACAAGGUAACGCAUAUGUGUGGAGCACCGGUUGUGCUGAACAUGAUCUCAAGUUUUCCCCUGAAUGAACCGCUUCAGUACCCUGUUCGUAUCUUAACAGCCGGAGCUCCUCCUCCAGCGCCGAUCCUUUUCAGGACGGAAUCACUGGGAUUUGUUGUAAUGAUGCAUCCGGAUGGGUACAUGGAGAUUAAGGAUAGGUCAAAGGAUGUAAUCAUCAGUGGUGGGGAAAAUCUGAGCAGUGUAGAGGUGGAGUCGGUGCUGUACAUGCAUCCGGCGGUGAAUGAGGCGGCGGUGGUGGCGCGGCCGGAUGAGUUUUGGGGCGAAACUCCUUGCGCAUUUGUGAGUUUAAAGGUUGAUGCAAAGGGAAAGACUGAAGAGAUGGGUGUUAUUGAUUUCUGCAGGGGUAAACUGCCCAAAUAUAUGGUGCCUAAAACGGUGGUGAUCAAGGAAGAGCUUCCCAAGACUUCCACCGGGAAAAUUCAGAAGUAUUUGCUCAGAGAAAUGGCCAAGAGCCUUGAACCUUCAAAGUUCAGCACAUAUUAGAGGUUGAAACUAUGACUUGAAUCAUGCCGUGUUUGUUCUCUGGCCAUUGCUAGAUAUUUAAUUGCAUUCAUCUGUGUUUUUUUUUUCUUACCGUAAAAAAAUCCAUGUAAGAAAUAAAACGUUAUCGACCCAUUUCAUCCAAAGACGAAUUUGGAGAAGUAAAAAGAGAGAAUUGAACCGUGAUGCGAGUAGAGAUAACUGUAACGCCAUGUAUAAAUAUAAUCUCCCAGCUCAAUUCAUUCCUUUCGAU